AUCAACACGCCCGCUGAUAGAACAACACACCUCACGCUACAACUACAAGAUGUCUUUAGCAACCCAAUUCGAGAUUUCCACGCCUCCAGCAGAUGUUAUCUCCGCUGUCAAGUUUGCGCCAGACUCUCCCAACCGCCUACUUGUCUCGUCAUGGGAUAAAUACCUCCAUUUAUACGAAGUUCAAGGCGGAGAAAAUGCUUCUGGGACCUUAGUGAACAAAUAUGAGCAUCGUGCUCCAGUGCUGGAUACCUGUUUUGGCGCGGGCGACGAUGAGGCCUUCACAGCAGGCAUGGAUUGGCAGGUGAAGCGGAUUGAUUUAAGUACCGGCGAACAAACUGUUCUCAGCACCCACGAAGCACCCGCCAACCGCGUUGUAUACAGCAAAGAGCACUCGCUCCUCAUCUCCUCGUCAUGGGAUAGCACACUCCACCUCCACUUCCUCUCCGACCCUUCGAAAGGACCCACCACAAUCCCACUGCCCGCAAAGCCAUUCUCACUUUCACUAUCUCCAACCCGCCUUGUCGUUGCCAUGGCAUCACGUCUGGUGAAUAUCUACGACUUGAAAUCCACAGCAUUACUCUCUUCACAAACGACCGAUGGCAAGAGCGAGGUCGAGCCAUGGCAAAAGAGGGAGAGUUCUUUGAAAUUCAUGACAAGAGCAGUGGCGUGCAUGCCAAAUGACGCUGGUUACGCAACAUCAUCAAUCGAGGGCCGUGUCGCGGUGGAAUGGUUUGACCCGUCGGAUUCGUCACAGGCUAGGAAGUACGCUUUCAAGUGCCAUCGCCAACCUGACUCUUCGGGGGAUGGUUCGGAUAUUGUGUAUCCCGUCAACGCAUUGACGUUUAACCCUAUCCACGGCACAUUUGCCAGUGGUGGCGGAGAUGGCGUUGUUGCGCUAUGGGAUGCCGUUGCGAAGAGGAGAAUCAGGCAAUAUCAGAAGUAUGCUACAAGUGUAGCAGCGCUGUCAUUUAGCACCGACGGGAAAUAUCUCGCUAUCGGCGUAUCUCCUGGAUUUGAAGACGGAAAGGACUUCAGCCCAGAUGGUCUGGUGAAGGUGUUCAUCAGAGAAUUGGGUGAGAACGAGGCAAAGGGAAAGGGGCAAAAAUAAUAGAUAUUGCGGGGUAAUGUAGAAUUAUCUGUCAUAUUAGCAAGGCGCAAUGGAUACUAUGAGGAUAUUGCAAAAGCAAUAAUUAUUAACGAG